CCUGUGUGUGUUUAGUUUCUCUGUGUUCACCUCUGUCGGUCUAACCCGAGUUUCUUCCACUGAGCUCACCAGUGGAUUUUUGUUGGAUUUUUCAGUUGAACCCUGGACUUUGAUGAAUUUCUACAGGUUCGUGCCGUCUAACAUCGUCGGUGAGUGUCUGAUACCGAGCACUGAGUCAUCUACAGCUCCUGGGAGGGAACUGGAGAAGUUUUAGGGCUUGAACACCUGCUGUGAAGCAGUCACCAGCAGCCAGACACAGCCGCACUUCUGCAGGUUACCCCCUCUUCACAUUCAAGGGUUCCAUGGGUCAAAGAGUCAAAGGAUGCUCAUGCACCAAGGAGACGAUCAUCUGCGUCGGAACCACACAGAUCCCAAAGACUAUACCUAGCGACAUCAACUCACUGAGCAUGGUGAAUGGUUCUAUUUCUGAAGUCACUGAGGGAAUGUUUUCUCUUAUGCCUUCUCUUCAGCUGCUACUUCUGAAUGCAAACUCUUUGACCACAAUCAAAGAGGAUGCUUUCUCUGGACUUCCACAUCUAGAAUAUUUAUUUAUUGAAGGAAACCAGAUUGAAACAAUCACCAAAAACUCCUUUCGUGGUCUGCGAGAUUUGACUCAUUUAUCACUAGCCAAUAAUAAGAUGAGGUUCCUGCCCAGAGAUCUGUUCUUUCACUUGGAUUCAUUACUGGAACUGGAUCUUCGAGGAAACCCUUUCCAGUGCAACUGUGACAACAAAUGGUUGAUGAUGUGGCUGAAAAACACAAACGCCACAGUAUCAGAUGUCUUCUGUGCCGGGCCCAGUGACAUGAAGGGCAAGCGGCUCAAUGACCUUCCUAUUCCACCAGGAGAGUGCAUCUCCACAGACUUUGUGCGUCAUCAGUCGAUUCCCAUUCAGUCCAUGUCAGCGGACAUCUUCUCCUUCAAAGAGGACAUCUACGUGGCGAUGGCUGCCCCUAACUCCAACAGCUGUGUGGUCAUGGAGUGGGAUCACGUCGAGAUGAAUUUCAGAAAAUUUGAUAACAUUACAGGCAAAUCUGUUGUUGGCUGCAGGUCGGUUCUGAUCGACAACCACGUCUUGAUAAUUGUAACUCAACUCUUUGGCGGCUCUCAUAUUUAUAAGUUUGACGAUCAGCAGAACAAGUUCACAAAGUUUCAAACUAUUGAGGUCUUCAACAUCUCAAAGCCAAACGACAUCGAGGUCUUCCAGGUGGACAGUGAUUGGUACUUUUUGAUCGUGGACAGCUCUAAAGCAGGACUGUCUACUCUGUACAAGUGGACUGACCAACCAGACCGCAAUGAAACUGGUUUCUACUCCUACCAGUUCCUCCACGAGUGGUUUCGUGACACUGAUGCCGAGUUUGUGGAAGUGGACGGAAAGUCUUACCUCAUCAUAGCCAGUCGCUCUCAGGCACCUGUCAUGUAUCUGUGGAACAAGAGCACGCUCAAGUUCAUCCUUCACGGUGAAAUCCCCAAUGUUGAUGAUGUGGUGGCGAUCAAAGCGUUCCGAUUGGAGGGUGACUUGUUUCUGACUAUGACCUGCUAUAUAGGUGACUCCAAACUCCUUAAGUGGGCCAAUAAGCAGUUCACUGAGGUACAGGCUCUGCCAUCUCGAGGCGCCAUGAUCCUCCAGCCGUUCACCUUCGCAGACAGGCACUACCUUGCUCUAGGCAGCGAUUAUUCCUUCACACAGAUCCACUUGUGGGACGUGGAGACCAAAAUGUUUCAUAAGUUUAAGGACAUUUAUGUUCAGUCGCCCCGGUCAUUCAUAGCAAUCACCACUGACCGCAGGAAUUUCAUCUUCUCCUCCAGCUUUAAGGGGAAAUCCAUGGUGUUUGAGCAUAUCAUUGUAGAUUUAAGCUUAUAAUGCCUAGUAAAGUAAUAAUUGAUCACAGAAUUGGUAACUUGGAUCAAUAUUGUGUGUAUGCUACUAUGGAGUUUCAACUGCAGCCUAUAUUGCUUAUGCAGAUUUAUCUUUCUUGGUUUGAGACUAACAUGCAUUCCUAGCGUUUCUAGCAUAUAUGGAGGUUUGAUUAUUUACAGAACAGUGGUAUGGUUGUCAACAAUGUAACGUCACAGCAAGAAGGUGCCUGGUACAAAACCACUAAACCGGAUUUGAUAGAAGGAUAAGACGUGAUAACCAUUAGAAAUAAUAAAGUCGAUGGCAUACAGUUUCAGACAGCCUCUCCUGGAAGAUAUUUGAAGUGUUAUGGUUUAUUGCACCAAGUAAGUGGCGUGAAACCCAAAUCUCCCUUCCUCCCUUCCUCACCUGGCUGUGCUGCUGAAAUUGAUGUUCUUUUCUUAUCAAUUAAAAAACAAAUGGAACUUUGUCUCUCUUGAAAACAAUGAAGCCAUAUCAACCCAAUUACUAAAAUAAUGGUUGAUUUAAUGUGCAUGAAACAAAGGCUUUCUCAGGAGCUGAAUGGAAUGAUAAAUAUUAUGAGCUUAAGUCUAACUGCAUCUACCUUGAUAACUAACUGCUGUAACAUCAGAGUGCCUGAAAAGUGGCUUUACAAAAUAUAAUGUACUUCUAAUUCCUAUGCAAAAUGUAUACUACCGAAUGUCGCUCUGAAUUACAAUCACAAGGUUAAUUGUGUGCUGCUACAACAUGAAACUUAAUUUCAAUGUUCUUUCGUCACAUGAAGUGUCCUCUUUUCUGCACUGAUACUUUGAUAUUUGUCAUGAAUUUUACAGAUGAAAUAACAGUUCGAUUGGCCUUCAAUAUAAAAUGUUUUUACGUACACAACAAUGAAAUGAAGUCUAAAUCAGGCCAUGGUCUCAUGGCUGUCAUAAGAUGUUACCAGGAUCUAGAAUAAGCAAUAGGUAUGUAUUGUCAUUUCAGAUUUAAUGGAAAACUGAAGUAUUUCCCCUCUCAUCUCUUACACAAUCUUCAGGCUUAUAUAAGUUUGUGUAAAUACAUUAAAGAACAUUUAACCACA